UCAUAGAUUGUCUCCAUGGCAGCAAUCUAUUCGGGGAUUCACCUGAAGCUGAAGAGUGCUAAGACAUCUUGGGAAGACAAACUCAAACUAGCUCAUUUCGCGUGGAUUUCUCACCAGUGCUUCCUUCCUAAUAAGGAGCAAGUAUUACUUGACUGGGUAAGCCAUACGUUGGUUUCGUACUACAACAAGAAACUUGAACUGGAGGAUGAAGUAGUUGAGAAACUCUGGAUGUAUCUAGACAAUGUUAUCCACAGCAGAAGACUACAAGAUCUUUUAAAGAAUGGAAAGACAAUCAAUCUCAGUUUUGCUAUUGCACAGGUCAUAAAUGAAAGAUUGUCGGAGUCCUGUUCUCAGAAAGCACAGCAAAACAUUGGCACAGUGCUGAGUUGCUCCAGUGGUAUCCUUUCUACUCCUUCGCUCUCCAUCAUUUACACAGCUAAAUGCGAGCUUUUGGUUGAUCUCCUCCACAAGCUGUCUGAGCUGGCUUGUCAGCAACUGGCUUCUGAUGAUGCUGUGGGCUCCCAGCUGUUCAGCAUUUUGCAGCUUACCUUUUCUCAGUACCUCUUGAUCCAGAGGCAGCAGACCAAUCCAAAUCGUGUAUUUGGGCAGGUGACAAGCCACUUGCUCCAGCCAUGUCUGCUCCUGAGGCACUUGCUGACUGUGAGGACCUGGGCACAGGCAGAUGACAGCCAUGUGCGGCAGCACUGGAGCAGGGAAAUCCGAAAUCAAAUAGAGAGCCUCCUACAGGCUGGACUGUUCCAGCCUGAGCUCUUCCCAUCCUACAGAGAGGAGCUGCUGCCAGAACGGGAGCUCCAGGAGAAAAAAAAAGGAGCUUUGAAAAGUCUAUUGCUACCAGUUGACACAGUGCAGACCAAGCUGGGCAAUGGCUUUUGUGAACCUGCGCUCCAUGGGGCUGUUGUGGCAGGUUCAGUGUCUCUGCUGUAUAAGCUCUUUCUGGACUCUUACUGUAAGGCAGAAAACCACCUUGUGUGCUUCCACAUGUUCAGCAAGCUUUUUGACUGUCUCAGGCUCUCCGGCCUACAGCAGGGUGUGAGGGAGGACGUGCUCUGCCCUGCAGACUGGAGCACAGAGCUGCUUGCCUUGGAACAGCUUUUGAACUUGGUACUUAGCAGUGAUAUCUAUAAUGUUGCCAAUGACCGCAUCCGGCACAAGGGGAUACAGUUUGGGUUUUACCGCAAGCUGGCACAGAUCCUAAUGAGUCACUCUCAAGCUUCCAUCCCUGCUUGGUUCAGAUGUCUCAAACUCCUGAUGUCAUUAAACCACCUGAUUGUGGAGCCAAACCUGGGUGACUUAGUGGCCUCUGCCUGGAUUGAUGCAAAGGUCUCUGAGCCACGUACAAAGAAGCCUCAGGAGGCUCUUAUUGGCUCUAUGUUUCAGACUUACUCCAAGCUGCGACAGUUCCCACGGCUCUUUGAGGAGGUGCUGUCAGUCAUUUGCCAGCCAGCUGCUGAUGAGCUGAGGAUGCCUGUCUUGUCUGCUGGCCUGAUGGCAAAGCUUCGUGAGUGCCUCCUCGAGCUGCCGCACAACCAGAUUCUGGAUAUUUUGUGUCUCUUAGUGGAGAAGUGCCAGACUUCUAUCAUUCCUGCUGUUGAAGGCAAUUCUGACAUGGUCUUGAAGCUGAUGUCCAUCAGCUCAGUGCUGCACGCUUUUCUGUUCAACAUGAGAAGCCUAGAUGAUGUCACUCCUUCCCCUGUGGUCCUUCGCACUCAGAGCCUGCUGGCAAAGAUUCAGAAGGGAAUAAUCCAGCCACUGCUGGAACUGCUGCAGGCGUGUAGUGGGGAGGAAGAGAAGCCAGAGCUUUGGUUAAGGAAAGUCAGUGACUCUGCUCUACUCCUUGUUUACACUUGGGUUGAAGUAAACACUUUGUUUGGUAUUAGCUGCAGUAAAUAUGUGUCUCCAUCAGCUGAAACUGCUAUUACUGCAUCUGCUGUAAGGCACUGGGGCAUUUCAUCUCUCCUCCCUGGUGUAGGGGAACAGUGUUGGGAGAAAGUCAUGGUUCUUGCAGGUAGUUUUGCCUCCACUAGUAAAUAUUGCUUAGAACUGCUCACACUCCAGAAAAUGAAGAUGAUCUUAAUGCAGACAAAGGUUGAUUCCCAUGCAUUGCAGCAUGCUGCAGCUUUCAUCCUGGAGUCUGGGAGAUCCAGCAUGAGUAGGGGAGAAACUGAACCAUGGGAUGGAGAUAUAAGUGCAGUAAAUGAUCUCACCUAUCCCAUAGCACACUGGCACCUUGUCAUCUCCAACCUGACUAUUCUGUUGCCAUAUCUUUCCUUGAAAGAUGUAGAGUACAUUGCCAAUGUACUUCUGGAGACAUUAGUUUUGGUCAAAGCUCAGGAAGUUGAUGGAGACCAGGAGCUUUCCAUCAGCAUUGGAAAGGUUUCUCUUGAUUUGCUGCAUAGUCCCUUUCUCCCAGAAAUGAAGGUGCUGCAUUGCGCUUUUCUGAGCAGCCUUAUUUGUCAGUUCAGUAAGGUGCUGCACUCUGCUGCUACAGGUUCUGUAGAUCUGCCACUUCAACAGCUGUCUGCAGGUAACAUCCCUUGGCAUGAAGAGAUCCUGUCUCCUUGCAAAGUUGUUGAACUGGUGGAGGCACCAUCAGAAAACAAACUGCCAAAGGAUGAACUCAACUUGUCUUGGAAAACGCUGGAGAAAGCUGCCCAGUGUAUAUUAUUGCUAGCGAAAAACGGUUCUCCAGUCAUCUUGAAAGAAGAUCAGCUAGAAAAUUGUUUGUAUUUGCUGGAAAUUACUUCUUGUCUGAAACUAGACAAUCUUUUUCCCUCAGACUGUAUCCGGUGUUUUCUCCUGCUGCUGUCCUUGGUAGCCAAUACCAGAGCUAGUGUCUCUUGCAGCAAGCUGUUAUCACUGAAGUUUUUAAGGACCUGCUUUCACCUUCUGAGGAGCCUGCAAGCUGGCCGGAAUACCAACUCUAUUUUUAAGGUUUUUCAUGCCAGUGAUGUUCUUGAAGCUGUAAUGACCUCCCUGUUUACAGCCAGCAAAUUCUACACUGAUAUUUUGACUGAUCCUGCCUGGGCAGAGUAUCUCCAGGAAGCUCAAACCUUUCUGGAGCGCUUUCUUCAGAUGAUUGUUGAACGACGACAAAGCGUGAGAAUCAACUUGGAAAAGUUCAUGUCCUUCAUAGUGAGCUGCAAGCUAGAUGCUGGUGCAGCCAGAAGUAAACGCUGUAAAAACUGGAAUCCUGCAGCUGGGCAGCUGCUGCUCAUGGCGUUUACCACACUGUGUCAUGUCAUCACACGUUACCUUCAGCAACAGCCAGAAAAGAAACUGCAGUCUGCAGAUGUGCUGUCUGCUUUGCUGGAACCAGCAAUUCUGCAGAUGGGAAGAGCAGUUGAACAUGGUCUUCAGAGCAACAUGCAAAACCAGCCUUUGCCGAUAGCAUUCAUACCAUCUAUCACUACUCUUCUCAAGGCAGAUCUGAGCCAUGCCCUCAGUAGAGAGAACUGGCAGAAGAACCCUAAAGAGCCCAGUGGAUUUUUGGAGCGUCCCCAUAUUAAACUGUACCGACAGUUUUACUCUCAAAUACUGAGAGAACUACCCUCUGCAGGAGAUCAUCUCCAGUUCCUUCAGUCUGCCUUGCAGUUCUUAACUGUCUUUUGCUCAGUACCAGACUUGUCUCCUGGAAAAGAAACAGCAGUAACUGUGGUUUAUGCUGUAAAAAAGCUUCUUGCUGCAGGUCCUGAAAUCACAGUCCAGGUGAUUCAAAAUAUAGAGCUGGAACUGACAGAGGUGCUUGUCCAGCUGUUAGGAAACUGCUCUGAUGAAGAGUUUUACGCCAUAAUGAGGCUGGUGCUGCAGGGACUUGAAGUGAGGAACGUUUGGCAACAAAAUGCUAAAGAAGUAUUGUCAGCUGUUACUCUAAUCAAAUUGCUGCUCAGCUGCCCAUUAAGUGGAGAUAAGGAAAAAGCUUUCUGGUUUGCCAGCCCACAAAUAAUCACAGCUUUAGCUAUGCAAACCAAAGAAGCCUGUCAGGACCAAGCAUUGAUUUCUACCAUAGUUGUACCUAUCCUAGAGACCACAGCAGCUCUGCUAAGGCAAGGAGAAGGGGUUCUCUUAAACCCUCACCAUGUGGCCUUGGCAUUCAGCAUUCUCCUAACAGUCCCACUAGAUCAUCUGAAGACAGAGGACUAUGGCAGUAUCUUCCUGGGAGUCCACGAAGUGCUCUUCUCUAUUCUGCAGUGUCAUCCAAAGGUUAUGUUAAAAGCAGCACCAUCUUUCCUGAACAGUUUCCAUCGUCUGGUUGUUUCUGUUAUGCAUGAAGGGCGUCAGAAGGGAGACAGAGGCAACACAGAUGAAUUUGAAGUUACACUGAAAUGUGCACACUUGGUGGAACGGAUGUAUACUCAUAUUGCUGCAGAAACAGAGGAAUUCACUGUGUUUUCUGCCUUCAUUGUGGCCCAAUAUGUAACUGAAUUGCAGAAGGUGACAUUGCACCCAGCUGUGAAGAAACAUCUUACAGAAGGGAUAUAUCGCAUCCUUGACCUUUGCAUUGAACGAGACAUCAAGUUCUUAAAUGCGUCACUACCAGCAGGUGUAAGGGAAGUCUUUAAAGAUCUGUACAAUGAUUACAACCAUUAUCACAAAGCAAAAAAACAGGGGGAGGAAAAAUAUACUGCGUGAUGAAUCCUGCCCAGUGCUGCAUGAUCAGUUAUGAUCUGAUCCUGUGUAGUACUCAGAAAAUGCUCAGUUGCUGUUUGAUUCGAGGUGACUGGUAGGAUCCAGAGGGUUUAAUUUCAACAUAGAUUGCAUCUGUCUCUCUACAAUCAGCCUUUAUAAUGGACAAAAAAGGGAACUGGGAGGAGAAUGUGCUGUUAGGUCUUUUUAUACUGUCUGUCAUAUGUGUCUGAAUUGCUGCACCUGAACAAACUCACUGGGAGCCAUGGGGAGCUUGCUGCAGUCUGGUAGCGGAUAUCCUGCUGCAAGGUUUGCAACAUAAUGGGGCUUUUCGGUGGAAGCAAUAGUCUGUGGUGUAAAAACCUGUGAGGUUACUCCUGUUGUCACUUACAUGGUAAGCAGAAUUAAACGCUGUUAGAGCACAUAGUUUUGUGCCAUAUUAUUUUACAUUUGUACUGAGGAUAUAGGUGGAUGUUGUACGUCUAUACAGUUAGUUACUUUUACAAUACUGUAGAAAUACAGUAAAAAAAAAAGAAUGUAUCUCUUUGCGUGAUCAGUUUUGCUGUUGAGCCUAGCCCUAAGCAACCUGGUCUGACCUCUAGAGGUCCCUCUUCAAAUGAAUUAUUCUAUGAUCCAGUGCUAAUCAAAAAUACUAACUGCUUAAAGCAGUCAGAUUACUGUCACUAAGCAGUUACACUUGGUCAUCUAAGUUGUGGUAGCUCUUAGGGAAUUUUUAGCUUGUGGCAAGUGCUAAGUACCAAGAUCUAGCUGAGUCCUCUUUGGGUUGGGCGAAGCUGAGCCUCGUUGCCGCAAAGCAACCCCUGGAUUGGCAGCUCAGCUGACAGUAAUUUGGUAAGUUGUGGUAAAUUAUUUACGUUUGAGCCUGGAGGAAGCUUUAUCAAAUAGCUCCCUUUGAUUAGCCAAACUGUAGAAGUUUAUUCAGUUGAGGAUUAUGAUAGAGACUAAAGCUUCAAACUCAAAUAUCCAUUAAAAAAAGAAUCUCCUUCACAUGUACCCACAAUUAGUAACAGAAACUCAUUACUCUGUCACACAAAUACCUCUAGAGUUGGGUUUCCAGAAUGAUCAUCUGCUUUAAUGUAUGGGGAAGGAAUGGGCAGAAAAAAGACUGGAAUGUGGCUUACCACUGUGUUUGAAGAGAAAUAUAGUAAUGGCACAGGACAACCAGAGUUGAAAUGUUGGAGUGGGUCAAAGCUUCAGAAGGACAAUUACUCCUGUGUUAAGUGCACAGGGCUGUGAGUGAGUGAGGUACUUGGUACAUUUCAGAAGGGAAAUGUGAAUGAGUGGGAUGCAGUCAAGGGAGCACCAGAGAGUAGGGUUUGAGGGUGAAGACAGUUAAUGUACUAGUAAAAGAAGGAAGGUUAUGAGCACUGCGAAAGGAUCUGGAAAGAAAAGAGUGAUAAAGAAGAACAAGAUUUGAAUCUGGAGAGGAAGAAAAUGAGGUAGCAUUUCUGGUUUGAAUGAAAAAGUCAAAGUUUCCCUUGAUAAAGGCACAUGACUACAAGCCGCACUUAGCUCAAAAGCUCAUCCCUUUACAGGAGAUGGACUACCUAAGGUGCUGGUAUCAGUUUUAACUCCUUGACUUGGAAAGUAAACAUGACUGAUGUGUUAUAUGGGCAGAAGUGGUGGAAAUAACAAACUCCUGUUAUAAAAAGGAUGCAUUGCUUGAAUGAGUGAAAAAUUGAAACCAUGCCAAAAUUAAAGGUUUAUUUUCAAAUAUACUGUCCAACUGCUACUCAUCCUACAA